AUCUCCGGGUCCCUCCUUACCUUCCCAACAAACUCAUCCGAACAAUCCCACGGUACGAGUUGAUCCGCGCCGCCACUGAGUACACAUACGCUCUUCCCAUGUAAUCUCUCCAAGCCAUCUUUCAUCGCUGCCGGGUCGAGUUCCUUCAGAGUCUCGAGGAGAGAUUUAGGGAUAUGCGGGGCGGAGAAAGGAAGGUUGGACGUCCCGGUACGGUGUCUCAUCAACUUCUCAUUGGGUGGGCAUGCAACGUGGAUUGUGUUGGAGCACGAGAAGAGAGUGAAGACGGGGAUGGACAAUUUAUCCCCAUCAACGAUGCUGGAAGGGGCCUAGAAUCCGGCACGGCUGAGCUUGGCAUCGGAAUUGUUCAUCUAUACCGCAGUGAAGAUGAUGAACCUCCUGUCCCUGAAGCCCUCUCCGCAGGUCAAAAUAUGACGGAAGAAGACAAGGUUGUAGCGAUCCUCGCCGUGCCGAGUUAUAUGACAGCGUCCGAUUUCCUAGGAUUUUUGACUCCGGAGGCUCGAGAUGGUGUCUCGCAUUUCCGAAUGAUUCGCACGGCGGCACCGAAUCGAUAUAUGGUCCUCAUGAAAUUCCGAGAAACAGAGGCCGCGAAAGCUUUUCAAGCAGCUUACAAUGGCCGACCCUUCAACUCCAUGGAACCCGAAACCGCACACGCCGUCUUCAUCAAAUCAAUCACCUUCCAAUCCUCAACAUCCCCGCCACCCUCUUUCUCCUACCUCCUUGACGAUCCCUUCACGCCCGAAUCAUCACCCCCGGGUACCGGAACCGGAACCGUCAUCCCAACCCCACCACACUCGAAACCACCACCGCCGCCUACCCCUGCCCUUCGAGAACUUCCCACGUGUCCAGUAUGUUUAGAGCGUAUGGACGCAUCUGUGACAGGCCUCCUCACAAUUCUCUGCCAACACACCUUCCACUGUCAAUGUCUGAGCAAAUGGGGUGACAGCACGUGUCCCGUAUGCCGGUACUCCCAAAAGAAAGACGUCGCAACCCAGUCCUCCGAGGCAUCCCGCUGCGGCUCCUGCGGCGCCGUCUCAAAUCUCUGGAUCUGCCUGAUUUGUGGGAAUAUCGGAUGUGGGCGAUAUGACGAAGCACAUGCCUACAGUCACUACGUCGAGACGAAUCAUCUAUACGCGCUGGAACUUGAAACACAGCGAGUAUGGGAUUACGUGAAUGAUUCCUAUGUCCACCGUCUCAUCCAAAACAAGGCGGACGGGAAAUUGGUCGAGCUACCAUCUGCCUCCUCAACGGGUCCGGGUAUGUACGCGCCUGCACCACAACCCGGUGAUUAUGUCCCGAGGGAUAAAUUGGAUGCGGUGGGGUUAGAGUAUACGUAUCUUCUCCAAAGCCAAUUGGAUUCACAGCGGCAGUAUUAUGAGGAUAAACUACUUACGGCGGUGGAUAAAGCCUCGAAAGCUACGGCGGAUGCGGAGAAAAUUAAGACAAAGCUGGACGAGACGACGACGGCGUUGUCUGUGCUUCAAGUUGAGCAUGCGACGCUGACGAGAGAAAUAUUACCCAAGUUGGAGAGCGAGAAGACUAAGGCUGAAGCAAAAGCGGGGAAGCUGACGGAUAUGGUGCGGACGAUGGAGAAGGAGUGGAGGGAGGAGAAGAGCAUGAAUAAAUCCAUCCUGGAGCGCGUCGAUUUCUUGAUGAAGGAUAAGGAAGAACGGGAUAAGGAGUUAGCAGAGAUGAGGGAACAAGUGACGGAUUUGAUGAUGGCAUUGACGAUGAGAGACAGAGUGGAAGCAAGUGGAGAAGGCGUUGGCGGUGACAUCGAAAUCAGGGAAGCACCGAAGCCGAACAGAAAACCACGAAAGAAGAAAUAAACAGGACGGUAUUUAGAUUCCUAGCCUAAAAGA